AUGGCAACGACAAUUGGGAAAAUUGCAGUAGCUGCUGCAGCUGGUAUUGCUGCAUUUUCUCUACUACUACUAAUUAUUAGUGUAGCAACACCUGUAUGGCUUGAUGCUGGAUCAGGAAAUACUAUUGGCCUUUUUCGUCAAUGCGUUGGAAGUGGUACUGGAAAUUCAGGCUGUGUUAAUCAAAAUCGAGAUCCACAAGCUGGUUUAUCAGUUUUUGGUCUUUUAUUGCUUGCUUUCGCUAUAAUUGUGGCCAUAGCUAGCAUUUUUAUCGAGAAAUUACCUAUUUUAUACGGAGCGUUAGGUCUUUUAUACUUUUCAUCUGUAUUUGUCAUGUCAGCAUAUGCAACAUUUGGCGUUUAUUCACGUGACCCUGGUGCAUAUUUUUUUCCUUACCUCCAAACAGUAAACAAUCCUUAUACAAAUGUAGGAUAUUCAUAUAAUUUAUGUGUUGCUUCACAUUACUUUCUUUGGACAGCCCUUACAUUGCUUGCAUUUGGUGCCGGUUAUAAAGUUGCGGAAGAGCGCAGUGCUACCACUUAA